UUUUGAUAAGCGAGUAUACUCACACGUUCUAACACAUUUCAAUGAAUGCAUCAUAUACGAACACAUUUUUCUGGUUUUUUAUUCAUCAUACAUAUAGAUGUCACAAACAUAUGAUUUUGAUGGUAAAGUAGCUAUCGUUACUGGAUCAUCAUCUGGUCUAGGCGAAGCUAUUGUUUGUAUGUUAGCUAAAUAUGGUUGCCGUGUCACUGUACAUGGUCGUUCCGAAGAGAAUGUUAAUCGUGUGGCCGCUAAAUGUCAUGAAUUAUCACCAAAAAAAUAUACUCCAAACAUAUGUAUCGGAGAUCUUAUGGAUGAUCAAGUCAUUGAAAAAAUUGUCCAAACAACAGUCGAAUCAUUUGGCCAAAUUGAUUUCCUUAUCAAUAAUGCCGGUGGUCAUUAUCAAGCUGAUUUUAGUAAUCCGAAUGAAGUUUUAAAAAGUUAUGAUUUUACAUUUGGAUUGAAUGUUCGAUCAACAUUGUAUUUAACUUCAUUGGCCAUACCGUAUUUGGAAAAAUCAAAAGGUGUCAUUGUAAUCAUAUCAUCGAUUGGAUCCUUUUCCUCUUUUAAUAAUGAAAAGACAAUAAUUUAUGAAAUGUCUAAAGCUGCAUUGGAUCAUAUGGUUCAUGGUAUGGCAUUAAGUUAUGGCCGUCGUGGAAUUCGAAUUAAUACUAUCAAUCCAGGACCGUUUAAGACUGCCAUCUAUCGAAAUUAUAGUGAUCAAAAUGAAUAUGAAAAAGAAUUGAAAUCAUAUGAACAAAUAUCUCCAUUAGGACGUUAUGGUGAACCAGAAGAAUUAGCCAAUCUUGUUAUCUAUUUAGUUUCAACAAAUGCAUCCUACAUAACUGGAACAAAUAUUGUUAUCGAUGGUGGCUCUUCAAUCCCAAGAUUUAUUUGAUUAAUAUUAAUCAAUAUGAAAAUUUUUUAUUCGUCACCGAAUAACUACUGUUCAUUGUCAAUUGUUUUUGACACCCGAAUUAUUUUAAUCACAAUUUGAUUUCAUAUCGAUUUUUUCUCCACAAUCAAUAUCAAUACAAAAAA